CACACAUACACACUUUUCACUCAGCUACCCAAGAUGGCGGCAGCCUCAUCCAUCCAGCCGCCGAGCGUUCACUCUUCUCUAGCCGGGGAGAGCGCACUUUCCCCGGAGAUGGACAGCCCCGAGAGCCGGCAGCCGGAGGAUGAGGAGGCGGCGGCAGCGCAGCCCUCCGACUCGGGGAUUAGCCUCCGCGACCUGCCGGACCUGGAGCCGGAGGAGAUCGAGAGGAGGCUGGCCAAAACUCGCCAGGAGCUGAGCAACAGGAGGAAAAUCCUCAUUAAGAACCUGCCGCCCGACACCACCAACCAGGAAGUUCAUGAAAUUCUCAAAGAAUAUGAACUGAAGUACUGCUUUGUGGACCGCAACAAAGGCACAGCCUUUGUGACUUUGCUGAACGGGGACCAGGCUCAGGAUGCCAUCCGCUCCCUCCAUCACAGCACUGUCCGGGGGCGCCUGAUCAACGUCACCCUGCAGCCCACCGACUCCCUCCUCUGCCUCACCAACCUGCCCCACACCUUCACUGCCCAGCAGUUUGAGGAGCUGGUACGCGCCUACGGAAACAUCGAGCGCUCCUUCCUGGUGUACAGCGAGCUGACAGGUCACUCCAAGGGAUAUGGGUUUGUUGAGUACAUGAAGAAGGACUCUGCUUCACGGGCCCGCUCUGAGCUGCUGGGCCGACCGCUGGGCGAUCGCUCAUUGAUGGUGCAGUGGAUGGACGUCAACCAGCUGAGCCAAGAGGAGAACCUGCACUCCAAGUGUCUGUGUGUGAACCGGCUGCCGCUGGACCUGUGCGACUCUGAAGAACUGACCCAGCUCUUCUCUGACACCUAUAAACCUGUCUUCUGCCAGCUUGCUCAGGAUGAGGGCAGCCCAGUCCGAGGCUUCGGUGUGGUGGAGUAUGAGAGCGCAGAGCAGGCGGAGGCCGUGCUCAUCGAGAUGGACCGAACGCUGGUGGGAGGACAGGAGGUCCGUCUGUCUCUCUGUACCCCCGGCACCUCAGGGAGAAGCACCCUGGCUGCACUCAUCGCCGCCCAGGGUAUGAUUCUGAGUAAUAGGAAAGGUCUGCUACCAGAGCCCAACCUUGCCCAGCUGCUGACCAGUAUGACGAACCCGGCUGCCCUGCAGAUCCUCAUGAGACCGUAUCACACCGGGAAAAGAGGAGGGAAGUACGGGCGUCAUGCCAGCCUGCCGUUCCUCAGACCUCCUCUCACCACAGCUCUGCUCACGCUGGGGAAAGCACACCAGAAUGCAAUGCUUGGUAAUGGACUGGUCCUCCAGAAUCUUUUGCAUAUGCAGCUCGCACAGCAGCAGCUUCUUCACAUCAAAGACAAACGCAUCAGCACCGUCUCCAGCCUGCUUGGAGACCCGUCCAGGCUGCUGAUGCAGAAAGCUUUGUCCCUGAGGCCUCCAGGCCUGAUGCCUCUUGGUAAAGGCCUCCUGGGAGACUCGCCUACAGAGUUGAGCCAGGAGUCGGUGCCAUCGUCUACCCACAAUGCCACAGUAGUGGUGUCAGCAGCAGGUGUGAUGCCGUACCUCCAGGGUCGAGCUGGAGGGGGAGAACAUAACAGCACCCACACUAUCUCCACAACCCCCUCUGCCUCUUCCUCCUCCUCUUCUUCCUCUUCCACCGUCUGUGACAGGCAGCCAGCUCCUCCUGGGACCAUGGUGAGCUCCCAUCCCCAGGGACAGAGCUACUCCUUGGGUAUAAGUAACUCAGGCCUUGGCCCGCCACCACCCAAUCCCCAUGGAGGAGUUUAUACAUCAACAGGCCAGCACAACAGCUCAGAUGGCUGCCCCCUGGCCAGCAUGGUCAAUAGUGGUCAGAGCUCUCUGUUGGGUGAUCCUCCUAAAGAGGUCAGACUGCCCUCCAAUCCCUACCUGAACCUGGCCAGUGUAAUGCCAGGGGUGGUUCUGCAAGGCUCAGUUGGGAGUAAAGCCCAGGGAGGACAGCCGGGCUCCGGGGUGUACGGCAGCACGGUUGCUCCCGUCGUCUCCCAGGGCUCCGGCUCCUUCACCCACAGCACGGCAGCUACAACCACAGCUCCAUACAGCACUGAUACCUCCACUGACUACAGCCAAUACAACCAGGCCUACACGCAGGAGGCCAUGCAGCAGUGGUACCAGCACUACCAAGCAGCACAAGCUCACACCUACAGCACUGCUGCUCCACAGGAGAACACAGCCACAGACUACAGCAAGGAGCACACACAGGCUCCACCGGUGUCGACCUAUGGGGAUUACAGUUCCUACAUGCAGGCAGUCACUCAGUACUACUCCCAGCCUGCAACCACCAACCAGGCCUACGCCACCAAGGAGGUAGAUGUGUGCAAGCCUCUCGGAGUCUCUCUGCACGCGGUCAGUAACGGCGCCGCCCCUCCACCGGCCGUCCUCCCAGCUGCUGCUGUGCUCCCAGCCUACAGCACCCUGCCUUUAAUGCCCGGCUUCCUCGGGGCGCCACACCCGGCGGCAGCCGCACCGAGCCCCGUCACGCACGCACACACUGCCGCCACUGACUGGAACACCUAUUACUAUAACCAGACGAGGGGCCACAAGAGGGAGUACCCUCAGUUGGCGGUGCAGGAAGUGACAUCAUCAGAUGGUGCCUACAUCGGGCAGCACUCCCAAGGCCUGGGAGGGCAGUACGCCGACUACUUCAAGAGGAAGAGGCUCUAAUAUGAACCAAACCACCUUAAAGCCUAAAAGCUUGCGGGGGGAGGCACACACGCACGGGCGCCUGCUGGAUGUCACAGCUCCCUCUAGUGGCCUUUCUGUGGCGGCCAUUUUGCAUCCCCACAGUAGGUGUUGAGUUUAACAGAAUUUGGGGUUGCAAAUGGCUCAAGUGAAAGUAAGCCAUAGUGCUCUCUGAUCUUGGCACUUAUUUACACACACACACACACACACACACACACGCACACACACACAUACAGCUACAUACAUACAAACACGGUGUUGCUUUUGUCCUGUUCAAGCCUUAACUCUUUAACUUAAACUGUUGUGUAAACUGUACUUAUCUAAUAUUAUCUUGUACAUUUUUUCUAAUAUAAUGUAAACUGAAGUAAACUGUAUCUGUACGUAUAAGCUGCUUUUGUAUUGGCAGCCAGGCGACCUGUCCGCCUGCUGAAACUGUCUUAGGACUGGUCUCACAGUCAGGUGUCUCCCUCUGUGUCUCCUUUGAAAAGACAAAGCGCGUUUGUUGUUGCACACACACGCUUUGAUUAUUCAGUCGAGCUGACGUCUGUUUGUUCCCCGCUUCAGUGUCUUCUUUCCUCUUUUCCUUUUAUCGCCCAGGUUCCUCUUUUAUAUCUCCCUGUGGAGAGUUAGUGAGUGUGUGCGCGUGAUUGUGUUCGCGUGUGUGCGUGUUUAUGCGUGUUGAUAUGCUGUUUCUGUAGGAAGUGUCAGCCAUUUCAAUCCCAAGGUUUGGGAGCACAUCAGGAAAAAAACAAAUCAAAGCCCUUAAUUGUGGUGACUUUACAAUAGCUUCCCUCGAUGAAUGGACCUUUCUUCUAAAGACUGGAGAGAAAAUAAAAGGCUGAUGUAAAUACAGUGUGUAAUACAGAAUAUAUAAAGCCAUGCGUAACAGACAAUAUCAUAUUUAAUGGACAUUUCCUGGCUCUUUUGUUGGGCGAGUUGUGCAACAUGGAUGAAAGGAAAACAUUUACUGCGUGUCUUUUUUUUUUUCAAUAUAUACUGUUCUAUUUGUAAUGUAAUAUAAUAAUAUUCCAAGGCAAUUCAAGUUAUUUAUUGAUAUUGAAUCAAAUUGUGUUGACUUUAAUGUAGGUAUCUGCUUUGGUUUUCAACAUUUAAGCCAAAUAUUAGGGCACAGUCCUCCUCUCCUCUCCUCUCCUCUCCUCUCCUCUCCUCUCCUCUCCUCUCCUCUCCUCUCCUGUUGGGACUGUAACAGGAGCUUUACUUACAUCACACCAUCGAUGUUUCAGACUGUAAGUGUGUCCCGAAUUCAUACUACAUACUAACUGCAGACAGGUUUUCAGUUUGGAGUGUUGUUUGCAUACUCAGAUCGCUCAGUAUGCAUCCAAGAAAAAUCUGUUUUUAGUGCUCUGUUGACAGAGACGAAGGAGCUGCUCACAGAUGGCAAAAUAAUUCAAAAUAAUGCCGAUGAGUUGGCUCCAGAUAACUAAGUUGCAGUCAAAUUUAAUUUGAUUGCAUUUUUUAUGGUGCACAUAUAGAAUAAUUUCCUAUAAAAACUGUAAACUGUGCUGUUUCUUUCUGUAAACUGACUGGCACUAUGGUUAUAUGGUUGGUAUGUCGUAUGAAAUUAAGAAAGUUUUCAUAAUGUGAGGGAUUUUCUGAAUCAAAAGCAUUUCCUCAUCACGUGCUUCGACAGGCCGCUGUGCGUGUGAUUUUUGUUGAUGGCCGCUGGCAGAAUUUCUGCGCCUUCAUUUUAAGUUUGUAGAGGAAGCAGGUAGAAAAAGGCAAAUUUACCCAUUAGCCCAAUCGCCAGGAUGGAACGUUAGCGUCUAAUGUUUCUGCAAACCACAGUCAGCCAGAGGUUGAUUUUUGUACCAAACUUGGCGUGUCACGUUCACAUUUUAUGCUCAUUAGCUGACUUUUACCCCAGGAGGUUGAAGGGAUGAUGGUGGUGUUAAAAAGCAAAUGAGUGGGUUUGUGCCUAAACCUACUGUCAGCAGAUUAUAAGUGUGUGAUGAUAGUGUUGUGACAAAAGAGAAACAGAAUAUUCAACCUAAACAAAGUUGCAACAAAGACAUACUCAGUUUUGAUUUAUGUGCUUUUGCAGAAACGUAGCUCACAUUUAUUCUGGCCAUGGGGUCGCUUACUAUCAAUGUGGCCCACUGCAGAGUGGAUUUAUUUCCACAAAGGAAACAGAGAAAUGAUUCUUUAUUUGGUGUGAUAAAAAGAUUUUUGUCUGUUUUUCAAGACUCUUUUUGGUAUUUCAGUCCUUUUUUUUUUUUUUUUUUACCACAACAAAUAUAAAUAUUAGAGCAAUGACUGUGAACUGCGUCAUACUUCAUCAUACUAAUUUACUUCGGUCCAGACGGUGUGUUUGAUGUUCGACUGUAACGUGACAGCUUGGUCGUGAGGGUUCGUUGUGUGCACAGGCCUCCUGUUUAACAAACCGGCAAUAACUAAUAAGCCUCCUUCUACUGUAGAAAGAUGAAUGUAAAAUGUUUAUUUUCGAGUGUAAAUGCCAUCCGCACAGCAUUCCAUACGCCCACGUAACAGCUCAUACACUGUGUGUGUGUGUGUGUGUAUUCUGCUCAUACUUAUCUGACAAUACAUCAGUGAGCAGAAUAUUACCUGUGUGGCGGCCACGCACACACGCCAUGAAACACAAUAGCAGGAGAGAUGAGAUAAGAAGGUGUACGUCAGUCUGGUCACAGCUGGAUGUGAACAGUAGAACAGGAGUGUGUCUGUGGCGAUGGAGGAGUGCUGGUGUGCAGGUACGCUUAUUAAGGACUAAUAAAAUGGCUGAACAUAAAGUUGCAGUACAUAUCCCUCUGUCUGGUGUAUCUCUCCAUCUCCUCUGCUGCCUGCCCCUCAUCUCAUUACAUCUUCCCUAACUCCAUUUCUCUGCGCUGCGUCUCACUGCGUGCGUCUCACUUUCAGCUCAUAUUUAGCACGCAGCUGUGAAGCAUUUUUGAAGGCUCCGUCCGGGACAUACAUCACGGAGGAUGUGGAAACACACAGAGAGCAAAAGGAGAGGAGCGAUAGAACGCAAAUAAAGUGACAAAAAAAUGAUCCUGCUAAAUAUUUGCACACAUCCAGGCAGGAAGAGGAUCGGCCCCCGACACGCUGCCAAUCAAAGGUUUUGUCUCGUCUGUGUGCACGUGUUUAGCAUGAUUUAGCCCCUCGCUUGUUUUUGCAUUCAGUGGGGCUCCCUUUCUUUUUUCUCUUGCAGUAUCAUUGAGCUGUUGCAAAGCAUUUUCUACAGUUUUUAGUUUUUUUGGACAAAUUCCCCACAGGCUUCUCAUGUUUGUACUGUGAGUCAUUUUCCUACACUGACGCCUGACGUUCAGAACACUUGCCUAAAAUCUGAGGGCGGGAUGUAAGUUGAGCUAAUUGAUGAUGUCCUGCUUUCCCUCCAGCAAACUUGAGUUUACACAUAUUGCAUAUCAGAUCAAUUGUACAUUUAUCUUGUAAACAUCUGAAACAUUUUGUCAGGCUUUACCUUUUCUUCCCCAUCACACAACAGAAGCCCUGAGGGGGAAGGGAAGACUUUUUUUUUUUUUUUUUUUUAACUGGUGAUUCAUUUUCUAAGGCUGAUCGAAAAAAAAAAAAGUCCUAUCCUGUGUUUAUGUUUUGAUAACUGGUGGAAAAUAAAGUUUUGCCAGCAUAAUCGAUGGUCUUUUUUUUUUUUGCCAUCUGUGAAAAAAAAGAAACUUUUUUUUAAUUUUCAGGAAAAGUGAUAGUGUGAAACUGAGUGGGGGAAUGUUUUUUUGUUGGUGUUUUUUCCCACUUGGUUUCACACGGAUAUCUGCUACCCGGCUAACACACAAUAGAUGUAUCUUGUGUUUAAAGUGUGUGGAGAAAACUUGCCUGGAAGACAACAUGAAGGAUUUUAGUUCUAUUUAGAACGCAGCGCUGCUCUUCAGCCUCUGGUGGUCAAAGUGAGUAUUACAAAAACAAACACAAACUUUUUUCUUUCACACAUGAAAAAAAAAGAAAUGAGCUGAUUGUUUCACUCAAGAUUUUUUUUUCAGUUACACACAUGGGAAACAAAAUAAUAUGUU